CUCUGUAUGGGAGAGCACGUGCGUCUGUUUCCGGUGCUCCCCGUUUGGUGUCCGGGUGCCGCAGCAGCGCGAACUAUUGGUUCCGUUUGGUGCUCUAUGUACUGAGCGGGAUGCUCAGCAGCGCAACCAGAAGCGGUGACAGGAGUGUGGGAGCUUUCUUCAGGAGGGGGCCCGGUGUCAGGUUAGCAGCGGGUGAGGAGAGUAGAGGGGAUUGGGAGGUAGAGGGAGGCCAUUUAAACAACAUGCAGGUUACACAGGCCUCAUCUGCAGGUGUCAGCCUGUCUCCAGUCAUAAUGCUGGGGUAGGCUGCCAGGGGGACAAACCAUGGGGAUAAAUCUCAUUAUCUGCUAUUAUCACACUCAGCUUUUAUCAGGGCUUGGUUCCUGUCUGCCAACAAUGGGAGGCUUUUGGCCUUUCUGCUGUUGCGGACUAUAAUUCCCAUCAGCCAGUUUAGCUUAAUCUUAAUGGGACCAGUAGUCCAUCCAGCUGAGCUCAGGAGUUAAAAUGUCUACCAUAACUGGUUAAUACACUUAUUUUAAUACGUUUUUGUACUUUUGAAAGUACUGAUUUUCUAUGUGUUGUAUUUUUUUUUUUACAAAAAAUAUCUGACCCACAUAUAUUCCUGGAAUCCAAACUAACUUUUAAUUACUUGUAACACCAACAUUGUCCUGUGUAGGUAUUGCGUAAUUUGGUCACACCCCUUGUCCCCAUGAGUGUUAGCAAUUUUGAAAACAAUGGGUGCUUAUUACAGUUUAGGUAGUUUUCAAAGUAAAUUGCAACAUUAUUGCAGAAUUUGAAAAAAAACAAAAACUUAUUUCCAGUUAGGUAAAAUGUGAUUUUGAAACAUUUUUGUUUUAUUUUUACAGGUGUAAAAUGAUGAAGAACUGGGGUCUAAUUGGUGGCAUUGCUGCAGCAUUAGCAGCUGGGAUAUAUGUCCUGUGGGGUCCAAUCACAGACAGAAAGAAACGAAAAAAAGGUGGGAAAAACAGAUCAGGUUGAUUUAAGCUUUGUAAACUGGGGUCAAAUUUAUACUGAUGUCAGUACUGACAAAGAUGCCACUGGAUACCUUUUUGAACAAUCCACCUGCUUGGAUAUUGUCACCUUUAAAUACAGAUUGUUUGUGAUAUAAUGUAGUUUAGAUUUAAUGUAAUUGAUUAAAAAAAAUUAUUUCAGAGACAUUUGCAUACAUUAGUAUGGUUUAAAUAAAAGCUGUAAGGAUAGAUUUAAAAAAUGCUGAAUCUGAUCUGUCAAACUCCUUUUUUAUUUAGCUUAUAAAAUUCCUCUGAUGUCUCCAUUAUUUACUAUCGACAUAAUUUAACCCUCCCUAAGCUAAACAGAUUUCUGCUGUGUUCAAAAGAAUCUUAUUGCUGCAGAGGGAUUAGUUUGAAAAUAACUCUACUACAUUCCAACAGAACAGGCAAAUCUCCCUACUAAAAGAAAAACAGAUUUAAGUAAAAACUCCACUAAGCUGCAAUGCAGGUCAUGACAGCUAAUGGAAGCUUCUGGCUUUCUGUCAGCAAUAUUGGAGGCAAGUCUGGCCCCAGGUAAAUGGUAAGGAGUAAAUGGAAACCGGUUUGACUCUUUACACUACGGGGUGUCAGGGCACCAGGGUUGUGGAGUUGGAAGCAAUUUUGGGUCACUGGAGUCUGAGUUGAUGGUAGCAUGAAUUGAGGAGUUCGAAGGUAUUCAGUUCUGGUUUCACAGCUGUGCAGGGUACUGCUGACACCAUAACCACUACAGCACUCCUGAUGCUGGUAUGGUGUUUGUUGUAUUUCUUUAACAGAAGUUACACUACCCAGUGGUGUUGUUUGAUAUGGAUUUCUAUAGAGUAUGAUAUUUCUCUACUGUUUUUGUACUUACAUACAGUGUGAAACUUGGUUACUAGAGACUGUUGCUGUAAGGAAAGAAAAGACCUGUGAGUUAUGUGAGAAGGCUUAGAAUUAUGGGUUCAAUUUAGUUAUGGCUACAAUAUCCCUGUUUUUUUUUUUUUGUCAGGGAAUUGUAUCACAAGAACUUCUUUUUUUUUUUAAAUUUUUUUAUUCUUUAUUUUUGUAGUGCAGAAACAUACACACUUUUUAGUCAUGCCCCAACAGCCAAUGACAAUAGAUGCACAAUACAUAGCUUACAUGUAGUAGGGCAAUGAGUACUAACUAAAUUCUAUUGUAAUUUGGUGGCAUGUUAAUAGCAUAUAAAACAGCUGAUUAGUCACACAUUCAGUUUAAAUUGUUGUUACGUGUUUAUUUUCAUUUAUUCUUAGUUGUUGAAUGUAAUUUUACAUACUGACUAUGAAUGUAAUUUUAUUUAGAGUGGGGAAAGAGUAGCACUAGUUACAGAGAAACCACAUUCCCAUAAAGCCCUUCAGCUUGCUGUUGUGUUAUAUUUGAUAAAAGUACUAAUUUCAAGAACAAUCUGCACUUUUAUAAUUCCCAUCCAGGUAGUUUUCCUGUCUCAUUCACUUUGAACUGUAGUUUCAUUUUGUUUCCUGGAGAAGCUUGUGUGUGUGUGUGUGUCAAUGCUUCUCCAUGGAGACGCAUCUAAUUCCAGACAGCUAAUCAGAAAUGAUGAGUUCACUGUAAGCGGAUUGGAGCUGCAGCAUGGAGACUCUCCUAACACUGCAUUACAAGCAAGUUUGUGAUUUUUAAAGGGACGAUAUAGGCACCCAGACCACUUCAGCUCAUUGAAGUGGUCUGGGUGCAUAUUCCCAGGUCCCCUAACCCUACAAAGGUAUUUAUUGCAGUUUCUACCAGAUAGCCACAAGAGGGACUUACUGUAUGUAUCAUUAGGCAACAUUUUGUCGUCUAAUUGAAGUUGGACAUCCUAAUGCUAUGCAUGAGGACAUCCAGCAUCACCCUAAACAAUAAGCAUUGUAUAAUGCUUUCCUAUGGGGGAAGUACUAAUGUGGGUGAAGCGGAGCCCAAGCCAGCACCAAGGGACAUUGGUGAUGGACUCAGGUAAAUGACAGAAGGGGUUUUAAAAUCCUUUUGCACCACGUGGGUAGGCUUGAGGGGCAUUAUAGUGAGCUAUAGUGCCAGGAAAACAACCUUCUUUUCCUAAUACUAUAGUUUCCCUUUAAGCCUUCACAUUCUGAAAUGGGAGGGAGUCCCAGUGAUCUACACACAAAUAGGCAGCUUCAAUUUUGGGAAAAUAUAUAUAUAUUAUUUUUAAUCAGAUUAUUACAUUAACCACACACACAUUACUGUAUUACCAUGAAUAUAAUAGAUAAUAUAAAUAUCUUGACAAAAAAAAAACGUUAGCCAAUUUUGAUCAAAUUAACUAUUUAAAUGUUUUAUAAUACUAGUUUCAGGCAUUAAAUUUUUUUUAUUUUUUUUAUGUUGUGCAUGUUAAAGCAUACUAAUGAGUAGGUAGCUGUAAGAUUUAGCCUGUAAUUUUUAACCUGUAACCAUUGCUCCAUAUACUGUAGUGGACACCAUUAACUAGUAUUUGGCACAUGUUCUCUGUGGCAGAAGAUUGGAACGGCAUGACUUGUGGUGUGCAUGCUUAUAUGCAUAGGAUACAUUUACGGUAUUACCUGGAAGUAGUUGCGAGGCAGACAAAUAAAAUCACAAGCAAUCUAUAAGAAAUUUAGCUAACAUGCAAAUUGGGUGUUUGUCAAGUCUACACUGCCAACUAUUAUGGAAAUGAUUUCCCAGAGCUGAUGAAUGCACAUGAGUAGUGAUGCUUGUGUCGUAACGAUGCAAUAUUUAAAACCAUUGUUUGCUUGUCUGUUAAUUUAAUCCCAUUUUAUUCAUUUAGGGCUAGUGCCAGGCUUGCUAAAUUUGGGAAACACCUGUUUUAUGAAUUCUCUGCUCCAAGGCUUGUCAGCCUGUCCGUCAUUUAUUAAGUGGCUGGAGGAAUUUACAUCAAAAUACCGAACAGAAAUGGGCCGAAUAGAGCAUCGCUACCUCUCUGUUACACUGCUGCAACUGCUGAAAGGUAAAAAACAGUGAUGUAUUACUUGCAGAUUGUAUCAUUAUAUGGUUAUUUUGUUUGUAAACAAAACCUGAAAGCAUUGUGACAGAGGGCUCCUUUCACUGAGGCAGUGGUGCAGUUUCUGAAUUUGAUCCCUGUGAACAGGACAGUGGUUUUGGUAAACUCUGAUAUGUUGAAAGAGAAAUGAGUAAAUCCAUAGCCACAUAACUCCUGUUACAGUGGGGGCUAUUGAUCAAAUCCUGCCACUCCAAAUAAUGUUUCAGUUAAUGGAAAAUAUGCACCUUACAGGGUUAUUCACCAUAGUGAAAAUUGUUGGGAAUUCAAAGAUAAUUUCAAAUUUAAGCCUCAGCUACUGCUGGAAACAUGAUAAAUUGUGUGUAAUAUAUAUAUAUAUAUAUAUAUAUAUAUAUAUAUAUAUAUAUAUAUAUAUAUAUAUAUAUAUAUAUAUAUAUAUAUAUAUAUAUAUAUAUCUCUAUAUCUAUCUAUAUCUCUAUCACCCAGGUGCAGCAAUACAAAUUGAAAUAAAGGUAAUUACUUCCCUUAUACUUUAGGUCGUAACAAAGGACUCCUCAAAAUCCUCAAAUACAAAUGUAAAAUACAAGAUACACCUAAAAAAACAGAGGCAAAAAGAGAUUCAUAGGGCAACACCAUAUAAUGAAAAAUGGCCCCCCAAUAAUAGUGAUGCACUCACAAGAUUUACGGAUUUUUCAAGCCCAUCAAUAUCUCUUUAAGUAUUCAGUUGUAGAGAUUCUCAAUAUCCAGGGAUGCAUGCCAAGAGAGGAAAAACAGGACAUAGUACAGCAAUGUUUAAAAUGUAUAAAGACACACUUUAAUUGAAUACACUUACAGGAAGUAAAAAAUGGAAAUGCUCAUCAAUAAAUCUCUGUAUCCCUCUAUUCCAGGUGAUAAAAAGGUGAGGUAAAAAACAGAAAUAAAAGCUCUCAACGUGUUUCGUCUACUUCAAAUGUAGACUUCCUCUGGAGCAAACAAAUUUAAAAAAUCAAAUACAGCAGCAAUAAAUCAAAUCAAGAAUUACAAUCUAUCACACAUCGACAAUUGCUUUUAAAUGUCCCUCUCGUCGAAUUUCCGUUUGUUUCGCCAAUCAAUUACGCUGGAAUCAUCUGUCUUCAGUUGUUCAUUAGUAUAUGUCCAUAUAUGGACUUCCGUUCCAUCUUCGUGGAACGCAUAUGCGUUCCACCUAUCGUCGGCCCUAGAAGACAUCAUCAAUAUGCGUGUGGAACGCAUAUGGGUUCCAUUUCUCCGGUUUCGUCGGUCGGCAUAAAAAACUAGAUGUAUUAAAAUCAAGCUACAUAGUAGAUAUUGCACUAAUUAUUUAGAUAACUCAUGUUAUAAUCAUAUUAAAGAUGGAAACAGUCAAUAUACUAAAAAUGGACAUAAUCAACAUAAAUAAACAUAUAGAUAAACAUAAUAUCUUCUUUAAACACUUUUAACAGAAAGGGAGUGAUUUCUGGAAAUUUAGUGAAUGAAGUCAUAGUUACAGCCCACAAUUAAAUCCAAAUCAAUAUAUUAAAAAAAAAAAUAAUAAUAAUAAAAUGAAAUAUGAAAUAAAAUAAAUAUAAAAAAAUAAAAUAAAGAUAAUAUAAAAAAUAAUAAUAAUGAGAAUAAAAAUGAAACAAAACAAAUAUGAAAAAUAAAUAUAAAUAUAAAAAUACAAAUAAAAAAAAUAAUGAAAAUAAAAUAAUAAAUAAAAGUAAAAGUAAAAAAAAAAAAUAUAUAUAUAUAUAUUUAUAUUAAUUUAAAGAAAACAAAUUAAAUAAAAAUCCACAUUCAACCGAAAAGGUUGAAGGGUUUUUAGUUUAUGUAUCCAGAAUCCUUCCCUUUGUCUAAGUUUCAUAACAAUGUCACCUCCCCUUACACCCAGUGAUAUUUGUUCAAUCACAACCCACGAAAAAUUAUGGGAAUCAAAAAGUGGACACCUAUUGCAAUGAACCGGAACAGAAUGAUUUAACAUCCCUUUAUUAAUGUUGUUCUUAUGUUCCAAGAAACGAGUCUUGGCUUUUCUCACUGUCCUCCCAACAUACUGUGCACCACACCCCCAUGUGAGUAGGUACACAACGUGUGGUGGAACAAGUGAUUCAUCCCUGAAUUUGAAAUUUCUCUUUAGUAAUAAAACUAGAAAAGGAAUACAUAUGGGACGGCUGUCCCCUACAUGCUUUACAUAUUCCACAAGUGUGGAAUCCCUUUAAGUUAUUAGUUUUAGUUUGUCUUCUUCUGAAAAAGACUUGGUGCAAGAAAACUAGAGAUUUCUUCCUUUUCUAUAAAUUAUUUUGGGAUGUUCUGGAAGUUGAGGGCCUAUAUAUAUUCAUCAUAUUUAAGUAUGUUCCAGUGUUUUCUAAAUAUUUUGUUUAUAGCGAAGGUUUUCGAAUUAUAUUGAGUUUUAAAUGAGAAUUCAAAUGAUCUAUCUGAAUUGGUGGUUCUAACUUUAUCCACUAAGAGAGCUCCUCUUUUGAUUUUUCCUAUUCUUUUGACCUCAAUAUCUAAUGAUUCUCUUUCAUAUCCCUUCUCUACAAAUGUUUUAGUUAAACUUUCGGUUUGUUCUACAUAAGUAUUUAUAUUGGAACAGUUUUGUCUAAGUCGGGUGUAUUGGCUUUUAGGGACUCCUGCUAGCCAUUUAGGAUGAUGGCCACUCUUUGAUCCAAUAAAACUAUUGGUAUCGGUGGGUUUGAAGUAUGUUUUAGCUAGGAUUUGAGAAUCUUCAAUAAAAAAGGUCAGAUCUAAAAAAUCAAUAGAGAUGGAACUAAAAACUGGAGUAAAAAUUAAGGAGAGGGUAUUGUCAUUAAGAUACCGGAAGAAGUCUAGUAGUUGUUCUUCAGACCCCUUCCAUAUAACAAGGAUGUCGUCUAUAUAACGACGCCAGAGCACCAGGUUUGCCGCAUGCGGAUUAUUAUUCCAAAUGAAUUUACGUUCUCAAUAAUCCAUGAAGAUAUUGGCAUAACUGUUGGAAACAUGGUAUGCUGGGACAUAGCACACUGUGAUGGAAGCAGGGAGUGGAAAGCAACCACUCUCACAUUAGGCAGGAAACCCUAUAUGAUGCAAUCUUCAUUCUCACCAAUUACUACAGCACUUCAUCGGGAAGCUAGUUUAUCUCACUGCAUACAGAGCGAUCGAACUGCCGUUCAUAUAGCAGGUGCGGAAAGCGGCACCCCCAUUAGGGGCCAUUUAAUUUUUUUAUUUUUUUUUUUAUAUUUAAAUAACGGAUUAACCAAGUAAUAGAUUGGUGUUACCAGGGAAGAAACGUACACACUGACUGAAGUUUCACAACUAAGGCUCUAUUCCCUAGCCUGCACCCCACACAUGAUGUUUAAUAUUAUGUACAUAAUCUGCAAUAAUAGAAUUGGAGUCAUAUAUUUGUUCUAACCAACAGUACGAUAUUUAUGGAACCGUAUACGUGAUUAAAGCCUGUACCAUGUGGAUAAUGAAAAUGAAAAAAGUAAAUAACAACAAACUAAACAAAAAAAAAAAAAUUCUAAUUAUUCGUCUAUUUCAGCUGUUUUGGCCUAAAUGUGAAAUUUACUUUUUAUUCCCAACAAUGCUCACUUUAGUGAAUAGUCCCUUUGUUUACUAUGAACAAAACACAGAUUCACAAGCACAAGAGUAAAUACACAUCUUACCUGAAUAUUAAACACCAUACCUGGAAAGAAAGAAACAUGUUCUGCAAUAGAAUUCUAUGGUAUUUCAUUAUUCAAACAGGUUAAAUAAUCACAGAGUAGCAUUUUCCAUUUAAAACUCUGCAGUGCACCCGAGUUAGCUCAGAUCCUAAUCAGCUGUUUGUAGACCCUUAAUUCUAAAGUUUGAUCCAUUGUAGUAGAGAAUUAGUUUAGCACUUUUUUUUUUUUUUUUUAGUCAUUUCUUGUUGUUAACUCUCCCCUGAACCUAUUCUAAAACAUCCAAUAGAAGAGGAUUUCAAUUCGGGAUGUAUUUCAAUUUGUUGACGUACUUGCUUUUUUAAUAUUAAUAGUGGAACUUUUUAAGCACAAUAAAUUUGUGUGUUUUUCCCUUUGACUUGCAUAAAUAAAAGUCUGUUUGUAGAAUACAGUACUGAUGAGGAUAUUUGUACAUAUGCACAUUUGGAUGGAACUGCAUGUAGCAUAUUAUUCUUUUUCUUUCUUCUAAUUAUUUAUUUGAUAGCUGGAUGUAAACCAUGAAAUAUUUGAAUGUUUGACACUGUAAGAUUCCAUUUAUGUGUCUGAUUUUAACUGGCUUCCUUCUUUAGCACUGUCUAGUCAGGAGGCUGCAGAUGAUGAUGAUACAUUGGAUGCUAGCUCCCUCUUGGAAGUCUUACGAAUGUAUAGGUGGCAGAUCUCUUCUUUUGAAGAACAGGUUAGUAAUGUACCUUUUCUGCAUUCCUUUCCACACAGCAGUUCGAAAUCCGGUCUGUGAUCCUGUCAACAAAUCAUUUAGAUGCAAUUGCUUUUACACAGGAAACCCCCAAUACAUAUCUAUGUCUCUGUUAGUGGUACAAAUUAGUUAUUACCACAUUCACAAGGUUGUGUUCUACGCAGCUUGCUGUGUUUUUGUCUUUAAAUAGACCAUUUAGGGGUGUGUGUGUGUUAAUCAUCUUAAAGGUAUACUAGCAAAUGUAGAGAAAAUAUAUAUUAUCUGAAGUAUACUUUUACAAAUGUCCAAUUGGCAGUCAUAACAAAUGGGUAUUUGCCCUUCCCUGACUCACAGGACAAAUAGCAUUAAAAAGGUUAAACAACAAAAUGCAGUCCCCAACCCCCACUCCCUUCCUAUCCUUCACUAUAAAUUCCCCAGUUUUUUUUUUCUGCUUUUUUUCCCCCACUUCAGUUUAACACUUUACUGAAGUUAUAACGUGUCUACACAGCUCUUUAAGUGGGAAUAUAAAUUCCCACAGACAGCAAUGCAAUGUCAGCAGGGUUAAAUCCCUCCUCACACCAGGAGACCCAGGUAUCCAUGGAUACCCUCUGUCAGCUGUGGCCAUUUUUUUUUUUUUUUAGUGGUCACGGACUGACCAAUGAGCUGUACGCAGUGCUGAAUGUCAGCUCUGCAUACAGCCCUUCAUCCAUCGAGUACACCGCAGCUGAGCGAUUGCGCUCAGCUGUGGUGUUUCUAAGGCUACAGACUGCUGAAUGGUAUACCUGCAUGUCCUCAAUCAGAUUGUGAUCAGAGUAAUCAGCUGGGAACGGAUGCGUCAAUCACUUUCAUUUUCUUUCUAUUUUUGUAUGAAAUAGGCUGUUGCCACUACAAUGGUACACCAAUCAUAUUUAAGUGGUCCUUUUAAAGAAAAUUUUUAUUUAUUUAUUACAGUUUUCCAUUACUGUCUUAGUCUGUAGUGUGCAUGGAAAAAAAGGGGAUUGCGGGAACAUCCAGAACAUGCAUUUCUCAGUAGUGGUGCUGCCGUAAAGACCAAUAUAAAAUAUGACCUGGUAGCAAUAACUCGCUAGUCUUUUGUGACCAUGAGCAGCCACUGGACUGAUGAGGCAAGAUUGAGCUUUAAAAUCUCCCUUAUACUAAUAUGGUGAUGAAAUAAAUAAAACACAUAGGCUUUUAUUUGUAAAUUCAACCCGUCGGUGGAUUGGGGGACAAUAGUGGCUGGGUGUUUUGCAAAUUGGAAAUGAGACAGAGGUUAAAAGUAGGAGACUUUCCAAAUUUUGUUUGAAGUAAAAUUAUGCAAACAAAAUUCAAAACCAAAUAAUAGAUGCAAUUCAUUUUUGCAAAAACAUUUUUUUAUUUUCUGAUGAAUUGAUUUGGACAAAACAUUUUUUGUCUGUGUACAAGUGUAUUCACUAUAUGAAGUUGUCUUCCUGUGUCGUGGCUUGUUAUAUCCCAUUUAUGAUGACUUUUGCAUGCCUGUGUGGAAAAACUAAAUUUUACUUACAGUAAAUGUAAUUUUCCAUAAUCCAAGCAGUAAUCAUGAUUUCUCUCCCUCUUCUUCUAUGGAUCAAAAAAUAAAAUGUAACAUUCAUGUUGUUAGCCUUUGUAAGGCUAGGAUGGAUUGGGACUGCAUUUUGUUUUUUAAACGGGCAACCACUCAUUUGUAAUGAAUUCAUCUUGAACUAUGAAAAAUUACAUUUAUGGUAAGUAAAAUAUAGUUUUUGUUUUUUAUUUAUUUUUUGGCAAGUGUUGUGCUGUCUGACAUAGAGGGAUAAAAACAGUAUAGUUGUUUAUGAAAUUAGCAGAGAUUUGUGAUCUGCAUUUGGGAACUGCAAAAUCCCGUUAAUGAAAUACUUGAGGGUGAAUACAUUGUUCCCAUGGUAAUUUAGUACGGUUUUACAACAUACCAUGAAACCCCAGGUGCAGAUGCCACAUCCAGUCUUUUCCUGCCAGAGAAGAUGGAUAUCUCUAUAGAACAAAGCAAGGCCGUGCUAGGACUUACAGUACCAUCACAGAAAAAUUUGAGGUCUAGCUUCCUGCUCUUGGAAAAGACAAAUCAACAGAGCUUUCUGAACCUCUUAUUUGUACCUAUGCAGGAUGCUCAUGAACUGUUCCAUGUGCUAACAUCAUCACUAGAAGAUGAGAGAGACCGUGAACCUCAAGUAGUUAAUCUGUUUGAUGUCCAAUCUCUUGAGGUAAGCGUAAGUGUGUUUUUUAUGUGUUUGCUCACCAAUAUUCAUUUAUAAAGAAGAAACAACCUCAAAACAACAAAUACACAGACACAGAUAAAUAUGUUGGUUUAUGACUGUGUCUAUUUUAAAAGAUCAUUUUUAUGAAUAUGGCUUUUUACAUAAGAAAUGGUAGAAAUACAUUAUAUGGUCUAAAUGUUUGGGAAGAUCAGAUAUUAUUUGAAUUACAAAGCAUAUAAAUUUCACGUUGGAAAGCUGUAUUGGUCCAGCCACCACAUUGUACAAUCACCUAAUCUUACUAAGGAACCAGUUUCCUGUCUGCCCAGCUUCCAGUCUGCUCAGCCCUUUGUAGUAGGUUUAAUACCAUGGUCAACUCACGGUGGCAUCACUUCACCUUCGUGGAGACCCAUUUUGUUAUAAUUUUUCCAGAUUGUCUGCUCUCCCUAACAAUGAGGCCCAUACUGUAGAGGACACUGUUGUUCAUUCAAACUUUCACUCCUUGUGAGUAGAUGAUGCCCGUCACUUUAAUAUGACCCCCAUUCCAUAUGUUUUAUGUAACAUUGUGACAUCACAUCAUCUUUGGCAGACCUAAAUAAACCCUUGGGAAAAAUGGAAGGCAGGAGUGCGGCAACACAGCAGCAUCCCAGCAGGGCCUCUCUAAUUACUGGACCAGUGAUUUAUAUAGGGAGACAGCAGGCAUUUUCCUAUUUAUUGGGCACAACCUUUCGUCUCACUAUUUCCUACAUAUCUGUUCAUCUGUAAAUUUUUACCUUUGUGUAAAAUGUUAUCUGCCUUCUUGGAUAGCUGUAUAAAUCGCCAGUAUACCUUCCCUGCUGAGUGCUGAGGUUUUAUUUCUUUUACACAAACCUACUAUUCAGACAGGCGACAGACAUAGAAUUGACAGGUACUUGGAUUGAAGCUUGGAAGGUCACCCAGUUGCUAAGCCCCCUCAAGCUUUUAUAAAAACACUUAUUGUGUUGAAAUGUUGCUUGCCUCUUUGGGUAACUGAAUAAACCAUCAAUACCUUCCUUGCCGAGUGCUGAGGUUUCAUUUCUUUUAUAUAUUUGGGAAUCCAUCGGAACAAGGAUUUUACCUGCAGCACAGGCACCAAAAAUGUAAGCUUUCCACUGCAAUGCCCCACACACAUGUGUUGUUUCUUUAGUAUGUGUGUGUGUGCAUUGGACAAUGUAAUGAACAGAGUUGCUUUACCAUUUUUGUUCAGUAUUUACAGAUGAGAGUGAAGGAAAUGGUCCUCAGUUAGGAAAAUGGACAAAUGAGUAAUUUGUUACAUGUGAGUUUACAGUGGAAGAGGUUCUAUCUCAACUGUCAGAAGUAAAGACAAAUAAGUUGAUGGGGCCUGAUGGAAUACACCCAAGUUAUUAAAAAAGUUUAGUGGUGUACUACCAAAACCAUUAACAGAUUUAUUUAACCAAUCAUUGUUAAAAGGAGUAGUCCCAGAAGAUUGGAGGUUAGCGAAUGUUGUGCCCAUUCACAAGAAAGGUAGUAGGGAGGAGUCAGGCAACUAUAGGCCAGUAAGCCUUACUUCAGUAGUGGGGAAAGUAAUGAAAACCAUGUUAAAGGAUAGGAUUGUUGAACAUCUAAAAUCACAGGGAUUUCAAGAUCAGAGACAACAUGGGUUUACAUCAGGGAGAUCAUGCCAAACUAAUCUCGUUGAUUUUUUUUUUUUGAUUCAGUAACUAUAAAAAAGAUCAGGGUGGUACAGUAGACAUCUCUAACCUAGAUUUCAGUAAGUCUUUUGACACUGUUACACAUAGAAGGCUUAUUAAUAAACUGCAAUCUUUAAGUUUGAAUUACAAUAUUGUUGAAUGGGUAAGGCAGUGGCUGAGUGACAGUCAACAGAGGGUUGUAGUCAAUGUAGUAUAGUCGAAGUAUGGGCACCAGUGGGGUACCUCAGGGAUCUGUACUUGGACCCAUUCUCUUUAAUAUUUUUAUUAGUGAUAUUGCAGAAGGUCCUGAUGGUAAGGUAUGUCUUUUUGCUGAUGAUACUAAGAUAUGUUACAGGGUUGAUGUUCCAAGAGGGAAAAGCCAAAUGGCAAAUGAUUUAGGUAAACUAGAAAAAUGGUCAGAGUUGUGGCAACUGACAUUUAAUGUGGAUAAGUGCAAGAUAAUGCAUCUUGGACGUAAAAACCCAAGGGCAGAGUACAGGAUAUUUGAUAUCCUGCUAACCUCAACAUCUGAGGAAAGGGAUUUAGGGGUAAUCAUUUCAGAUGACUUAAAAGUAGGCAGACAAUGUAAUAGAGCAGCAGGAAAUGCUAGUAGAAUGCUUGGUUGUAUAGGGAGAGAUAUUAGCUGUAGAAUGAGGGAAGUGCUCAUGCCAUUGUACAGAACACUGGUGAGACCUCACCUGGAGUAUUGUACGGAGUACUGGAGACCGUAUCUCCAGAAGGAUAUUAAUACUUUAGAGAGAAUUCAGAGAAGGGCUACUAAACUGGUUCAUGGAUUGCCGGAUAAAACUUGAAAGGGUAAAGGAUCUUAACUUGUAUAGCUUGGAGGAAAGACGAGACUGGGGAUAUGAUAGAAACAUUUAAAUACAUAAAGGGAAUCAACACAGUAAAGAAGGAGACUAUAUUUAAAAGAAGAAAAACUACCACAACAAGACCUAGUCUUAAAUUAUAGGGGCAAAGGUUUAAAAAUAUCAACCUUCCAGCGGAAAUGGUAGAGGUUAACACAGUGAAUGAGUUUAAGCAUGCGUGGGAUAAGCAUAAGGCUAUCCUAACUAUAAGAUAAGGCCAGGGACUAAUGAAAGUAUUUAGAAAAUUGGGCAGACUAGAUGGGCUGACUGGUUCUUAUCUGCUGUCACAUUCUAUUUUUCUAUGAUAACAUAUCCACAAACUCAGUCCAGUGAUUUACCCUGAUGUUCACCUGAGGAACGUCUAUGCUGAAUUCACGUCUUGGGGAAACAUCUUUAAGUAUUCCAUGCAAUGAUUGUCCUUCUUUGUCGGCAUCUUUAUGUGUCCUAUUUUUUCGCAUAACUGUAUUAUCAGCAUGCUUGACAUUUUCUUAAUAUUUAUCCAUAAGUGUUUGAUUUAUUAACCAUUUUGCUGCCUGCUAUUGUAAAUCUUUAUGUUCCAUACUGUUUGGUGCACUUUCUUUUUAAAGGUACUUCCACAGAAUUCUGAAGGAAAGAUCCAUUGCCGAACACAAGGUAGAUAGUUUUUCUUGUUGCCUCUUUUAUGCUCAUUUAAUUUCCUGGUAAAUGUAAAAUAUUUUUUAUAAAGUUGCAUGUGCUCUCACACAGUACAUCUAGAUUCACAAAAGAGAAAAUACUAUCUGGAAUUGGAUGUAAAAUUUUGUACAUCUACAAAAGAUUAAAUAUUUAAACUAUGAAUACUCUUAUUAUGCACAUCUCUCUUGUUAAGGAAUUCUUCGUCCCAUUCCAAAUCACUGGAAAUCUCAGCAUCCCUUUCAUGGAAGACUCACGAGUACCAUGAUCUGCAAGCGCUGCCAGAACCAGGUAAGCCAGAAUCCUGUACAUUGUGAUGGAGAAAUUAUGAAUGGUUUCCACAGACUCAUUAUUAUAGUAAUUCAUUUUAAAGGAACACUCUAAUGUUAGGGAUGCAAGCAUGUAUCCUGUUUGUGUUACACUAUCUGUUUACAUUACUGGGUGCCAGCUGUAUCACUAAAGGAAAGAGUUUAACUUAUUUCACCCCAGUGUGCCGUGUAGCCCUGGCUCCUCUGCCUGAGAUCAUUAUUACUGAAGAUUUCAGCCAAUCCAAUGUUACACCAUGGGUAAGGGGGGGAGCUACUAUUCAUGCACAGCAAUCGCCACAUUGUGCCAGUCUUUUCUAAGAAAAGGCAGUGUUUGCACCGCUAACACUGCAAGGACAGUUUAAUUGCCCCAGAACCAGUGCUCGUGUUGUGUAGUAGUUGUGUAUAUAUUGACAAGUUUAAAAAGGUAAUAAACACCCAUUUUCUUUCAGAGUCCUAUGAGAUAUGAUACAUUUGACAGUCUUUCUUUAAGCAUUCCUGCUACAACGUGGGUAAGUGAAAUAAACGAUGAGCCAUGUUAUGUAGCCGUGCUGCAAGGCUGUUUGUAUAAUAUGAACAAUGUGCAUAUGGUUUCUGCAGGCGUCUCUACUGCAUAGUCUGAUCUGAAAUUGUAUUAAUUUAAAAGUAAAAUAAAAUGUCCUAUUAUAUGGCAUUCAGUCCUAAGUUUGAAGAAAUAUGUUUGUAAGAUCACUUUAAUAAUAAAACACAUUAUAUUCCUAUGAAAGUUAAGCAAAGACUGAUCUAACUUAUUCUGCACAAUCCAACAGUUUAAUUUCUUUGUAGUUUUUUGUUUUUUUAAGCUAUUGUAUUUUGUGGCCCUGCUCUGACCUGACAUGUCUGGAUCCUAGCUUGGUCAUUAAAUGGCAUAUUUUCAUUAUUGAAACCGUAAUUUGUGCGCAUAAGCACCUUAUUCAGCAAGUUAAAUUUAUUGCAAAUAUCAAGAAAUAAUUUAAUAAAGUAAGUGUCAAGCAAAAAACCCAAACAUUUUGUGUUUUUCUUUUUAACAAACAAAAACAAGGUAUGGAGAGACUAUAUAAAGACAAAGACAAUAUCAACCUGGGUGCUAUUCCCCAUUGGUACUCCCUCUAGUACCAACAUAAACAUCAAUAUUAUAUGAUAGAGAAUGCACACCAGAACCAAAUAUAUACCAUAUAUAUACACACACACACAAUUAUUUAAUUCAAGAAAAAGGCUGCCAGUUGGUGCCGAAACGUUGGGGGGUUAUUUUGAUUCGUGUUUCUGCCCUAAUAGGCUUGUGAGAACUCUGGUAAAUUACUACUGUUAAUUUUUCCCUGUUUUUUUGUCAUUUUGUAUAUUUUUUUGUAACAGACAUGUUUAACCAAUUGUUGGUUCAUUAAAUAAUUGUGUGUGUGUAUAAUAUAUAUAAAAAUUAAUUUAUUUUUGGUUCUGGUGUGCAUUCUCUUUCAUAUAAUACACAAGCACAGUAAAGCCUUCUGCAAAUUCCUAGAUGGGAAGAAUUUGGUUGCAGGGAGACUCCAAGUUUGUGGAAACAUGGUGCCGGCUCUGGAACAGCCCUGGGGUAUGGGGGAGUGCCUCAACUCUGAAUCGCAGCAAGGCAAACUACAGUGCUCAACACGCACAUGGGUGCCCAGUCAGGAUAUUGGCUGACUUUCUGAUUUCGAGAGCUGGCUGCCACCUGAAAGAAGUCUCAUGACAAGGACUCUGACCUAGGCGAAAGUAAACCCAGUUGCACACAAGCGACAAAAGUCGUUUUGUUAACACUUUUAUCAUGUUACUCAUUUAUUCUUUCAAGCUGUUGAACCCUCAUACAGUGCUCCUGUUAAUCUUCUUAUUGCAUACUAGUUCAAUAUGCCUUGCUUUUUGAUGCGAUAGACACCAGGCACAGAUACACCCCGGUAUAGUACUCUCAUGUUACUCACGCUACGUUUAUAAGCUGUGAUCAGCUAUAUCUAAUGUAGUGACACGUCUGCGUGCUCUGCCGAUACAGCACUCAUUCUAGCAAAAUGUAAGAUAAGUCUGUUUCUCUUGUCACACAAUAUUUUAUUUCAUAAAAAUGUGCAGUAUUAUCAAAUGCCAUAUGACUGACUUUCUAUAUCUUGAAAUGUUUGCCCUAGCUGUUGGCAUGUCAAGCCUGUUUGCAAUAUCUAUGCACAACCAAAAAAAAAAGAGCAACAAGACUUUAGGUAGGAAAACUGAGUUUGCAUAAAAUAAGAAUUUAUUCCAGUAAAUAUUUGUAUUACAAUUCAAAACCUUUUGUUCCUAUUAGGGAAGCAAUAGACUAAAACCCAAAAAACAUGCCCCCUUCUCCCUCCAAAGUAUGAGAAACCUGUGAGGUUGAUUAUGAACCUCUGAAGGAUGCUAUACCUGAAUGAAAAAAUAAAUGAUAGGAUUAUUAACCCCUUUUGCCAUAGUUACAUUGUUAUUUUUAUUUUUUAGGGACGUACUAUAACACUGGAUCAUUGCUUGCAGCAUUUCAUAUCUACUGAGUUGGUUAAGGAUGUUGUCUGUGAAUUUUGCACCAAAGUAAGUUGUAGUCAUCAAGAAAAUGGUUUUCUAUAUGCUGUUUUAAAUAUGGCAUUGAUAUUAAAUUGUUUGGCUCAUUAUUGGGCAGUGGGAGUAUGAUAGCAGGCUGACAGAGCUUUAGGUUUUAUCUGUGUUUUCCAGCACCUGUCGUAUAUGUCCACCACAUCUCUACUGUGUGGUGUAGUUAGCUCCAUUUAUGUUUGCACGUGAAUGGAAAUAAUGCUUUGUAAUUGGAGGUAUUGGAAAACCUGGGAGUUGGGCAGGUUAAACACUUGUUGCAACUCUGGGAAAGGCAUCAAUUUGCCUUCUUUGCAUACGCUAGCAAUUGAGGUGACCCCCAACCUAUUCCAUAAAUCCAUGGACAGCCAGGGAAAUAUGGCCCCUAAUGCCGUCACUGGUGACCUAGGGUGAAAUUUGUGUCGUAGGCCAUUGUUGUGUUGGAACUGGUCCCACACCCACAGUGUGAUUCCUUCUUAUUUUGUUGUAUAGUGUCUGUUUUUGUUAACCAAUACAAUCUGAAAUAAAAUAAUUGCAAAAAAAAAUCUAUAAAAUUAUAAAUAUCUUUUUCCAGUACGAAAUUUCCAGAUGACAACACCUUAGGCCAGUAUGACUUUUUUAUUUUUUUUAAUUUUUUUAUUUAUUUAAAGGGGUAAUUCUAACUUCGUUUGACACUGAUAUAAAAUUUUAAUUUCACCGCUUUGAAUAUUCUGGAAUUUCACACAAUCGUAGAUAUUAAAUACAACUAGUAGGUUUAUGUGCAUAUGUUUACAGCACCCUGUAUUCUCACCAAUGCAUGUGUUCUAAACAUUUCCAGAUUCAAGCUAAUGAGAGACAUAAUGGGCAAUUGGUGGAAAAUCGGAAGACAACAUUUGUUAAACAGCUGCAACUAGGAAAGGUAAGAGCAUCAUUUACAGCUCUAAUCCUAACUUGGAGUAAAGUAAGAUUAAGCAGAAUGGUUACUAUGACAUCAUAUUGAGUCACAUUUCUUCUGUUCAUUUAUGAGAAAAUAAGAUGUAUAUGGUAAGAUUAGUUUUGUAAAUGGUUGUGCUUUUGUGGCUGGUUGUAGGAAAGAAGCAUGUAACUUCCUUUCCAAUAUUUUGUUUACUCCCUAGCUCCCGCAGUGUCUCUGCAUCCACUUGCAGCGUCUUAGUUGGUCUAAUCAGGGAAGCCCCUUGAAACGCAAUGAGCAUGUUCAAUUUGGCGAAUUUCUGGUUUUAGACAGAUAUAAGUACAGGGUCACCAAAAGUGAAACCUUUUGCCGACCGAGCUGCCAUCAAGCGGAUGCCAUUCAAAAGAUACCAGAGGGACAAGCGGGUAAGUUUGUUAUAGUUUUUCCAACUUCUUAAAAUGACACUGUAGCUAGCAAACAUUUAGAUUUUUCAGCAGAUCUCGCAUGAGAUGCAUUUAUAAAAGUAGUGUGCAUUUAGUACAUAUCAUAAUAAAUUGUACAAUAUGCCAUACAAUCAAAUAAACAUUUCUGUAUUUGCCUGUUGUACAGGAAAUAAAUUUAUGGUAUCCACUUACAAAUUAGUGUUGGUUAUUUUAAUGUUGCAUAAUAGAAUGACAUCAAAUGGAACAAAAAAAGGGUAUGUAAACUUGCUUAAUGUCAUUCUAGACACACACCCCCCCACACACACACACACCCCCCCGUUUACGAACAUAAUGCCUUCUCCGGAACAUUUCUAAUUGCGAAUAAUUUGGAAACUGAAACACGGUUUCCCAUAGGAAUGCAUUGAAAACCAAUUAAUCCGUUCUGGAGGUCAGAAAAAAAGUAAAAAUGAGCUGGUAUGGAAACCAACCCACAAUAAAUAAAAGGCACACCUUUCCACAACUUGAGAAAUGCACCAAAAAGUGCCAAAAGAACUGCAGACCAUUUUCAGAAUGGAUCCAAAACUCUAUGCAAAAGCUACUUCAACACUCAACACCAUGUGCUACCCACAGGCUCCAGCAUGCAAGGGGCGGUGCUAUAAACCUCCCAGGUUCAAUGCAUCCUGGGUAAACUUGCUUUGUAUUGCGAAAAAAAAUUGUAAACCAAGGAUUGUAAAACAAGGUCCCACUAUAUAUAUAUAUAUAUAUAUAUAUAUAUAUAUAUAUAUAUAUAUAUAUAUAUAUAUAUAUAUAUAUAUAUAUAUAUAUAUAUAUAUAUAUAUAAUUUUUAUUUUUUUGUAGUACGGGACAAUGAGCCGAGUUAUAUUAGUGGUGGUGUGCCGAAACAGACAUUAGGGUAGGACUGUAAAAAGAGGGCAAAAGUUUAACACGUUAAUACGUCUUGACAUUCUGUAACCAAUACUAUAAAUGGCUGCCUCAAUUCCCUCUCCAGUUGAGGGAUGCAUCUGGUGAAAACAGAUGAUCUCCCCUAUCCCAGCCAUUGAUGAAGUGCACUGCGAUAUUCCACUAGUGACUGCAGAAGCAGCGCCUAUUCUAAAAUCAUGAUCCGAAAAUGUUGUUUCCAAGUAGUUUUAUCGUAUAAUUUAAGGUUGAAGUGGCAAAAGGAUGUGAACAUUACCAUGGUAUCGAUUUGAGUACAGAUUAAUGAAUAGAAAUUCUGAAGUGAAUUUAUUGAAAAUGAUCAGAGCUCUAGUAUAUGAAUGGUUGGUAUUGGCAGGUCGUGUUGCUUGUGCCAGCAAACUACUGUGGUCAUGUGAUGAGCUAAUACGGUAUGAGGUGCUGAAAUGUUGGAGUUUUAGUAGGUUGAUUGGUAGCUGUGGGCUGAUCGGAAGAGUACCUGAAAUUGUGUAUGAGAGACCGUUUCGUCUGUUGUGACAGCCUGGUAUGUUGACGACCUUGGGUAACCCUUCCCACAACUACAGGCUCUACCUUUAUUUAUAUAUAUAUAUAUAUAUAUAUAUAUAUAUAUAUAUAUAUUCUCUCUCCCCUUUGUCAAAUGCAUAUAGGCUUAUUCACUAAACUAAGGUUUGUGAAGCAUUGGACAGAAAUGACUAAAUUUAGGUUAGAAUAUUGUGAGGUGAAAAAUAUUGAGUUGGCUAUUUUUGUUCUGCAAUUUCCACUUCCCUUUUUAUUAUUUCUCCACCCGUAAUCGUUUAGUGAAAUACUCCAAUAUUGUUUCACAUAAGUGAGAACUAAAGUUGUUACUUGUCAGCAAUACAUGUUAGUAAGACAAAAUACACAACAUGUGUUUGUGUAGUUAAUAAUGCUGAUUUGUUUUUACCAGUCUUUGUCACUUUUCACAGUUUCUGAUGGUCUUCACACUCCCAAGUCUCAAUUCCUAAAUGGAGCCUGUUCUUCCUCAUUACUUUCACAUGAGUUCACAAAUCCACUGGCACCAUUUUCUGAAUGCACGUAAGUUUGUUUAGGAUCCUAAAAAUCAACAUCAUUGAGGCAUCAAUUACAAUUAUUAUUACAGUUACAAAAUAUAUGCAUUACAGAUAUUGGCAGCUGCUGCAACAGUAAAGCGGCAAUAAAAUAAAUAAAUAAAUAAAAAAGCAUCAAAUUGCCUCUCUACAUGCUGUUUGUUUGUUUUUUGUUUUGCAGUACUGCUAAUACAUGAAUUCAUAUAUCAGCCCAGAAUAACAUAAUGUAACACCUAUGUGUGCAGCAGUGUCCUCCACUAAUUCUAUGGAAAGGCUGUAAAGCCCUUAACUAAAGAAUGCAUAUUCUGGUGUUAAAUCCUGUUACUAAUUGGAAAUAUUCAGAUAGCGUGUAUGGAGGGGAAGGGGGAAUAGUGAAUUUCUAUGUACAUAAUAUAAAAACACACUGAAGCUUGGUAUAGUGGUUAUAAUGCUCACCAUUAGAUAUGCUACAUGGAAUAUAUAUUAUAUAUAUAUAAUUUAGAAGUAAAUAUCACUUUUUUUUUUUUCUGUAUGUUUUUAUAACGAACCAGUCAAAUUCCACAGUUUACAUUUCAGUAGUCUUAUAAAACCUUCUUAAUGUUAUUAAAAGAUCAAAAUGGCUUAUUUGUAUUGGAAAUCCACACAAUCUGUUUUAGUGAGAGCAGCCACAUUAGGAGCUGUGAGGAUAAAGGGAAGUAGUUAUUUACUCCACCUGUAAUUAGGAGUUCUCUGCUUUAUACCAAGGCUAAUAGUGCUCAUAAACUGCUAGAUCUAUUUAAUUAAAUAUUAUAACUUAAUGUUUUUCAGCUCCCCCACCUAUCUCUUCCGUCUUAUGGCGGUCAUAGUUCACCACGGUGACAUGCACUCUGGACAUUUUGUAACUUACAGACGCUCCCCUCCUGCAGUUAGGUCCUCAAAGCCGCCUAGCCAGCAGUGGCUAUGGAUUUCAGAUGAUACUGUGCGAAAAGCCAACCUGCAGGAGGUCCUCUCCUCUAGUGCUUAUUUGCUCUUCUAUGAACGGGUCAGGUCCAAGCUGCACUGCCCAGGGCAAGAAUUCUUUUCCGAAUAGUAAGUACAGAAGUUGACGAUGGCUGGGAUGUCAUAGAAAAAAACUUUUAAAGCAGGAAAAUGGUAGUGAUUUCAUGUGUGUCUGUCUGCAAAGAACAAGCAUUUAUUAGUCAUGCUAAAAUUGUUUACAUCUGAAUAUAGAACAUAGCAUUUGUUUCGAACAAUAGGGUACAUUCAUGUUUGCCUUUAUUUUUCAUGUUAUCAAAAUAUUUAUCGUAAUAAUUAGUAUGGUUUACAACGUCUAUCUCUCUGUCCACCUGUGAUUUACCUGUGAUUUUGUAUUUAACACUUAAAACAGGAAUAACAAAUGAAUUAUGUCUUGUGUGGGGUUGGGGGCGUGUUUGCAAAAAAUAGUACCAAAGAUUUGGUCCAGCCAUACACCUGUUGAUGUAUGAAUACACCAAUGAAUUACUGCCAAUGGGGAAACUAAACCAUUUUAAGGGCAAAGUGGGCAAUAUAUAUAUUUAUAUUACAAGACCCAGUUUUGCUCCACUCAGAUAUUAAACAAACACAGGCUGAAUACAGAUUAAGAAGAAAAAUAAAUAUUUUGCAUACUGUGCAAACAGUGCACCUAUACACUUCAAGAAGCUUCUGUGUUCGCUGGGAAGUAAUCUGUCUAAAAAUCCACUGGAGAAUGUCAAGUCUUCUGAAGACAAUGCUUCUAAAAUGUGUUUGGACCACAUGCUCUUUCAUGCUCUGUUUCAACUCUGACAAAUGUGCCACAAAAAAAAAGUUGUUUUUUUUAUGCUGUCUGAAACCUUUUUCUUGUAUAUAAAUGUAUAUAAGAGAUAUAUUUAUUAAUAUCUGGAAAAUUAUAUUUAAUUAGAUGUACUUUGAUUUAUUCGUUUUAAUAUGAUGUAUACCAAUGGUAAUAAAGAUGUUUUGUUGAUUGUUGGUUAAUUAUAGUUGAAAGCAGUUGUAAAUAUUAGUUUUAUUACAGAAACAACAAAAUGUAAUUCCGUAGUUAUGUUUGCAUAUUCACACACUUGCUACAGAAAGGUUGAAUGUGUUGUCCAGAAGCCGUCUGCUCGUGAAAACACUUUAAGCAUGCACCUGAUGGGAUUAAUCACAUUAUGAAUUGUCUAUGAGGGAAUAGGCAUAAAAUGAUAAAAGGUGACAUGACCCCCAAGAGAUGACUAAGUAUAUACAAUAUCUAAAAUUGGUAAAAUUGGCCACGAGCAUUUUUUUUUUUUUACUUUGGGCUGUUACUUGUAUCAAAGCAAUUACAAUCCAAAUUUCACAAACCAUUUCAUUUUUCUGCUGGUAAUGCAGCCCAAGUCAGAAAAUGUCUUAAAGGGAAAUGGUCAUUAUUUUUAUUUCCAAUGUAUAAUUUUUAUUGGUUUCUUACUUUUUUUUGUUUCAUAGACAAAGAUCAGUCAAACAAUUUCAAAUACAGAUACAAGAGGUAUAUGGUCGUAUGACUUAUGUAAGUUAGUGAGUCGGUCAGUGCAACAUCUGGUAUGCGACUGGGAAUGGUUGUACAAUUACAGUCAUAAGUAACAUUUUAAUUACUUGUAACAUGUGAGCAAGGUGCAGUAUAGUGAUUUGCUAGAUAUUUAUUUUGUGAAGCAUUCCUCAGGGUCUUUAUCACGAUAGCAGAAUAAACACUUGGCUGUGGUGUAACAGUGUAAAAUAAAAUUUACAAUGAUACUUUCAAGACAUAACUUCUGGCAAUCAGGUUGAAAGUCCAUAUUUAUUUUGUUUUUAAUAUUACUGAAAAUUAAACAUUCUAAAAUUUAUAACUACAGUUUUAUUUAACAUUUUCUGGCGCACCCUUAUAUUAAACUAUUUUUGAAUGGUUUGACUUCUUACCUGGUGUCCACUGGGCACAGCUCUACACUUUCAUUACCUCCGCUAUAGAGAGCCAGAAGCUCUGUUUAAGAGCUUCUGUUGGCUCUCCUCGACCAAGCCUAGAAAUAGAGGGCCAGCUUAUUGGCUGAGACAGUCAACUGAUUGACCUCUGCACUUAAAAGACCACUAUAGGCACCCAGACCACUUCAGCUUAAUGAAGUGGUCUGGGUGCCAGGUCCAUCUAGGAUUAACCCUUUCUGCUCUAAACAUAGCAGUUUCAGAGAAACUGCUAUGUUUACAUAUGGGUUAAUCCAGCCUCUAGUGGCUGUCUCAUUGCUUUUCACAGUGAGAAGAUGCCAGCGUCCAUUCAGCCGAUGACGGGGAAAGGAGGCGUAGAGUCCCCACUGCCGAGGGAGCCUAGCGGUGGAUAAAAGGUAUGUGUUUAACCCCUUCCUCAUCCUAGAGCCCGGCGGGAGUGGGCCCCUCAGCCUGGGGACGACGACCUAGAGACCCUUUAGAGCAAGGAAAAAGAGUAUGUUUUCCUGGCACUAUAGUGGUCCUUUAAGCCAAGUUUUAUACUGCCACUUAAUUGAAACCUUCCAGCAGUCUGGUUGAUGUUGUGGAAGAGAGAUCUAUAAACCCCAGUUAAGAAGUCAAACCAUUCUGAAACCAUUUGAUUUCUUUCACGCAGGAAAUUAAAUCUUCUAAAUUAAAUACACUGCAAUAAAGGAAGCUAAAAAUAUACACACUCUGUUUAAGGAAGUGUGUAGGGAGGAUAUGUGAGUCACAGCCGGGGAGGUGUGGCCAAGGCUGCAUACACAAAAUCAAAAGUGAUGUUGCACCACUUUAAGUUAUAUAAGAGCGCUUAAUUUGUACAAUAUGCUAUGUAAUUGGAUUGCGGACCUUGGCGUCCUUGUUUACAUCCUAUGCCUACUCAGCCCUGCGUCGUUGUCUGAUCUCAAAUGUAAUUUAUGAAAAAUGGUUUCAUUGUGGACGCUUGUGUAUCCCGCAGUUGUGUUCACUUUAUGCACAGUGACCAAUAAAAUUCUUAUUAACAAAAAAACACAAAA